GAGGGUCAAUUACAAAAUUAAAUUUCUACAUAUUAUGAGAAUCAUUCCUGAAUCCACGUGGACGAUAGCCAUUGGCUUAUAGUCCAAUCCCAUGUUAAUUUUCGCAAUUUAAGGGGGGCCAAAAGUAAUUUACCGAAAUUGAGGUAGACAGCAUCAUAGACAUUCCCUAGUCAAACAAGAGCCCCCCUCCUCUCCGGUUCCCUUCCCUGCAAUUACUUGCUCCGCAUACAUUAAUCGCUCUUUUAAAAACACUCUUUCAACAAUACACACUUGUUUAAAGCGUGUUUUGGCCCAAACUGCAAAAUAAUUCCAGUGGAGAAUCCCACACCGGAUUCGUUGUGAUCGACGCCGUUUUGUCGCCGACACUGUAGCUUAAUUUGCCUCCACCGCCGUUCGGUUUCUCCGCCGCCGCCUGAAGAUUACAUUUCAUGGAGACAUCGAAUGGGCAUUCUAUGAAACAUCAGUACUCAUCGCCCUUCGCAUCUUCUCAGCGAGAUGUCACUUACAGCUGUGGUUCUUGUGGAUAUGAUCUGAACCUGAACUCAUCCAGCCGAAACAUGUCGAUCAUCGGUUCAAAAUACGGGAAAUCUGUGAAGAAAGGCGUCAUUUCUUUCUUCUCCAUCGACGAGAGCAGAUUCAAUCAGGUCGAAGAGUCUACCUGUCUGCCCUACUUCAUUACCAAGCUCUCUUGGGGUUUUCUCCAACGGAAAACGAAACUUCUCUGCCGGAAUUGUGGGAACCACAUCGGAAGUGCUCGUGACAACGAUAAUGCAUCUUCUUACCCUCUUAUGACUGAUGCACGAAGCUCACCCUCUAGAAGUGGAAUUUCCAAUAAGAGAAAGUACGAUAUUAUGAUUCGCUCUUUGCAACCGUCUCAAUCUGGUUUCGGUACUCCUCUCGUCUUAUGAUUGUCUACUCUGAUGACUGUACAUUCUCUCUCUCUCUCUCUCUCGUUUACUUCGUUCUUUUCAGUGUGCUAUUAUUUUUUGAAUGAAGUGAUCAUAUGUGUUGAUGGAGUGAAAUUAAUUGAAUUUUAUGUUUGUGGUUGAGAAAUGCAGUUAUGUGGUAUUAAAAAAAAUCCGUUAUUUCGAGUGUUGUAAUCGAGUUACGGAACUAAUGUAUUAUUAUUUAUCUUGAUGAAAAAGAAUAAGGCUGGUGCUCGAUUUCCUGUUUUUUU